AUGGUCCACAUCUCGGUCCUCGUCAGCCUUUUGGCUACAGCUGCUUCGAUCGUCUCUGCUGCACCUGCACCAGCUCCAACUAAGCCAGCAAUGCUUGACAAGAGGGCCUCUUGCACCUUCUCCGGCUCCUCAGGUGCCACCGCAGUCAGCAAGUCAAAAGCUUCAUGUGCUACCAUUGUCCUCUCCAACAUCGCAGUCCCAUCCGGCACCACUCUCGACUUGACCAAGCUCAACAGUGGCACCAAGGUUAUCUUCCAGGGUACCACCACUUUCGGUUACGAGGAGUGGUCUGGACCUCUGAUCUCAGUUUCGGGAACUAACAUUGAUGUUUCUGGUGCUUCUGGAAAUUGCAUUGAUGGUGGUGGUGAGAGAUGGUGGGACGGAAAGGGAUCCAAUGGUGGAAAGACCAAGCCCAAGUUCUUCUACGCUCACUCUCUCACCUCCUCAUCCAUCUCCGGCCUCAACUUCAAGAACUCCCCAAUUCAACUCAUGAGUAUUAAUGGCGCCAACAGUCUCUCAGUCACCAACAUCAAGAUGGAUAACACAGCUGGUGACUCUGGAGCUCUGGGACACAACACUGAUGCUUUCGAUGUCGGAUCCUCAACUGCCGUGACCAUCAGCGGUGCCAACAUCCAAAACCAGGAUGACUGCCUUGCCAUCAACUCCGGCACGUCCAUCACCUUCACGGGGGGAACUUGCUCCGGUGGUCACGGCCUCUCAAUCGGUUCCGUCGGCGGCCGCUCCGACAACACCGUCAAAACCAUCAGCAUCAGCUCCUCCACCAUCAAGAACUCCGACAACGGCGUGCGCAUCAAGACCGUUUACGGCGCAACCGGCUCCGUCUCAGGCGUCACAUACAAGAACAUCGUCCUCUCCAACCUCGCCAAGUACGGAAUCGUCAUCCAGCAAGAUUACAAGAAUGGUUCCCCAACCGGAACUCCCACCACCGGUGUCCCGAUCACCAAUCUCGUUGUGUCGGGGAUUUCUGGAUCCGUCGCCUCGGGCGCUACUAGAGUUUAUAUUCUUUGCGGAAAGGGAUCUUGCUCUAGCUGGAAAUGGUCCGGCAUUACUUUCACAGGAGGAAAGACUUCUACCAAGUGCACGAACAUCCCGAGCGGAGCUUCGUGCUAG